GCUUCUUUAUUGAUCAUGAAUGUCAUUAACUUACAGGUCAACAAAGUCAUGUGGAGUCGAAGCUACUGCGCACUGUACAGCCACUGACUCUGUUCACUGAAGCUAAUGGAAAGCAAAGCUGAUGUGUCCUACCUCUAACUGACUGCACUAGCACUGAGAUGGAUGAUCACAAAGUUUCCUUACCUGUCAGGAACAAUGGUAGCACUAACAAAGCACACAAACGAACAUCUCCAAUCAUCUCCCUUCACUCGUUUGUCCUGGGAUUUCUCAUCGGCUGUGUCGUGAUUUUUUUCUUUGGCCUCAAGUCGAGUGAUGUAUGUAUCGGCAGGAGGUGUGCUGUACAAGCCACACCCAUUUCUCCUGUUAAGUUGGACGUUCCCCUUCCCCGGGAGCACAGUCUCAAGAGAGAGAGAGCACCGGUUGAGAAUAUAACAGAGGAUAAUAAUGAAGCUUCUUCCUCGUCCAUUAGCAAGUGCCCAAAGAGACCACUCCAUGUUGUCAUAAUAGUGCUGGCCUCCCCUAAAGGUUCACUGAGACGCAAUGCAAUACGAGGAUCAUGGAUGCACGACUUCAACUCAAGGAAAGUUAAAGUGACUUCGAAGUUUUUACUGGGGACCCUUGGUCUAACAGAGAGCAAUAUACGCAGUCUAAAGCAGGAAUCUGAGCAGUAUAGGGACAUGCUGCUCUUUGAUACCCUCAAAGACUCCUACUUUAAUCUCUCACUGAAGGUGUUGCACGGACUAAACUGGGCAGAACGUGAGCUGCCACACUUCGAUUUUAUCAUCAAGACAGAUGACGAUUCGUUUGUACAAGUGGGGAAAGUUGCCCAAGCAUUUGUUGAUAUGGGAUGCCCUGAGCUCCUCUAUUGGGGGUACUUCAAUGGCCAUGGAUUCCCAGAGGCCACAGGUAGAUGGGCUGAGAAACAAUGGCGCAGUUGCCCUCAUUACCUCCCGUAUGCCAUGGGAGGUGGAUAUAUACUCACACAUAGAGUUGUCAAGUUAUUGGUUCGUCUCUCGGAUAGACUGCUUUUGUACGGCAACGAAGAUGUCACUAUUGGAAGUUGGUUGGCACCGUUUGAGUUAGCAAGAGUACAUGACAUGCGGUUCAAUGUGGAGAGUCAAACACACGGCUGUAACAAUCAAUACAUCAUCACGCACAAGGACACACUGCGACACAUGUACCACAAGUUUAAGAACCUGCGUAAGAAUGGAACCCUUUGCUCACAAGAGAAAGAGAUACGCCCAAGCUUUAUCUACAACUGGACUGUCUCACCCGCCAACUGCUGUGACAGAAGCAGAGGCCUGCCCAUUCAACAAUCUGUGUUUAAUGGACACCUGCUACCCUUAAAACUCCAUUGAACAAAUCUUUCACUUAUACUGUUUAUACUGUUUAUACUAAUUAGUUAUCCUUUCUGUUUCUUUGUAUAUAAUUUAUAAUUAUAUUUACACCACCAUUAUAAUUAUGCACAAAAUCUAUUUAUUAAUG